GCUUCGAGAGGCGGCCUGCUGAUUGGCUCGCCGAUAGACAGGAGGGGGGGAGAAUGGAAUGUUGGGGAGUUUGAGCGUUCUGGAGAUUUUGUUUUGUUUCUAAAUCAGUGCCCUUACGCAGGCGCGGAUGCAAAGACUACGCCGGGAGUGAUUUACCGGCGCGAGCCUAUGCAUGCCUACUCAGAAGUAAACCCCCUGAGGUCAAUGGGACUUGUUUCCAACGUAGGGUUGCAGUCUCAGCGUAGAGACUACCUGGAUUAAAAGGGGUAGGGAAAUCUCUGGAAGUGGACGAACUGCUGCAGAUCCCUUGAAAGCUGGAGGCGGAUUUCCAGGUAUCGGCUGGCGAGGUCGAAGGAGCCGGUAACUCGGUUGGGACAGGAACCAGGACAGUCACGAGGAGGUGACUUAUCGAGAUGGUAGACUACCUGGCUAAUACUGAGAUCAACAGCCAACGGAUUGCUGCCGUAGAGAACUCCUUUGGGGCAUCUGGCCAACCGUUAGCAGUGCCGGGAAGGGUCCUCUUGGGUGAAGGGAUUUUGACCAAAGAAUGCCGGAAAAAAGCCAAGCCACGAAUUUUCUUCCUUUUCAAUGACAUCCUUGUGUACGGAAGUAUUGUGAUCAACAAAAGGAAGUACAGCUGCCAGCACAUCAUACCCCUUGACGAAGUCACUUUGGAAACGUUGCCAGAUACCUUGCAAAUGAAGAACCGGUGGAUGAUCAAAACGGCCAAGAAGUCCUUUGUUGUUUCUGCGGCCUCCCUGACCGAGAGGAAAGAAUGGAUUAGCCACCUGGAGGAAUGCGUUCGCCACUUGUUAUCCAAGACGGGCCAGGAGCCCCCCACAGAACACGCCGCUCCCUGGAUCCCCGAUAAGGCCACCGACAUUUGCAUGCGCUGCACACAUACCAAGUUCUCCGCUCUCACACGAAGGCACCACUGUCGGAAAUGUGGCUUUGUAGUGUGUGGAGAGUGUUCCCGGCAGAGAUUUCUCAUGCCCCGGCUGUCCCCGAAGCCUUUGAGGGUUUGCAAUCUUUGCUACAAACAGCUGAUGGCAGAAAAAAAGGAAAAUGACGACCAGUCAAAGCCAGUUCAUUCCCCUCUGGCUGGCUAUGAACCUUCUAGCGGGGAUGACAGUGACAGAUCUGAUGAGGACAAACUGGAACAAUGGUCAGCAGCAGCAGAAUUUUACACGUCUAGUGCGGCUUGGUCAUCUUUCCAUAGCUGACCAUUGCACAGUCCUUGUUAAUUUCAGGGGCCGUGUUCUUACUUCUGAGGAGUACAAGAGAACACACUUGCCUUAGUGCACUUUUCAGAGGAGUAGCUUUCAUUGUGUUGUUCAAUUCCAUGUGUUUUCCUGUUCUGUGAAUAAGGGAGAAGAUACAACCUCAAGCGGGCAGAGCAAUUCAAACUAUAGGAAGCCAGCAUAAUUUACACCGAUAUGAAUUAUGCCAGGGUAACUUAACUCCUGUUCCAGACUGUGUUUAGGAGCAGGGCUACUGCUAGCUGAGCUGGCCCCCGAGCUUGGCAGAGAGGAAAGAAACCUUUAAAUUAGACUUUGACUGACACAGCCCUUUUUGCCAGUGUAACUUCCAUUGGGUUCCUCUGUUAUGUGACGGAGCUGAAAGGUGUUUGGAAUAGUGGCAAAUUUCCCCUUGCUCCGUCUGCUCCCAAUGCAAGCCCCAUUUUUGGGACUUACGAAGACGCUGGCUGAGCCAGGAUGGAGGACUUACACUGGCAUAUCUCUGGCUGAGCCAAGAUGAGGGACUUCAGACUUGCCUAUUCCAAACUCUGCUCCUCCUGAGGGAUCUUUGGUUUGGAUUGCUCCCUAAAUAUGCAGGAGUCUGCUUAUCUCUUGAGUAUUAUUGAAGUUCAGGGCAGAGCUAAAUUGGAUCCAAAAGACGACAGAUAUUGAGUGUUCCUAAGAGUUUUGGUCCCUUAUUUAGUUUUUUGGCUGAAGGCAGCCUUGUUCUUCACUCCUGAAAUGCUGAGUUUCAGCUCUGCGUUUUGCAGGCUUGUUCAUUAGAACUAUUUCUGUUGGAGAGAUCCAUCUUUCUUACAACCAGAGAUCAAAUCCUGGAUCCAGAAAUCAGAAGUUAUGCAACGCAGAGGAAGAUGCACUUCAGGGUUUUAAACUGAUAGCACUAUGCAGAAGUUAAUCAAGGGCUUAUAAUAUUAUAUUUCAAGAAUCUAGCCUUUUUAUAUUAGGCUUUUAACAGAAGGAUAAACCUUUCGGAUCAGCUUGAUGCUGAAAGUGAGGCAGGAGGAAGCUAGAAGCUGGCAUUGUUUUAAUGUCUUAAUUUUGAGUAGUGUUAGGGACUGAUAUUAACAAACAUUUUAGGGACGAGUAUUUGAAAAUGGAAAUGUGUAGAUCAACUUUGUAAUGUAAACAGUUUGCUUCUUAACUGUGGUAUUGUAUUAUGUGCUCUGGCUUGUACAUGCACAAAGUUUAACUUUGUUCCCUUGCCUUCGUUUCUUCUUCAUCAUCAUAAUUUAAUAUUCAAAAUAACAAAAAACAAACAAUACAGGCACUGACUCAGUGUCUUAUUUGUGGCAAGCAGAGAAUUUUGGCCCCAAAUUGACACGUUUUCCAGAUUGUCAUGUUUUCUAUAAUAGACCAUAUAAAAAUGUGUGCUUUGAAACGCUAAAAAUAACAGGUAGACAAUAUACUGGUUUGUAAGUAGAUAGCAGUAGCUUUUUCUGGGGAUGGGAGAGAACCCAGUUAUUUCCAUCUGCCUGUUUAAAACUAUGCACUCAACAUUUGCUUCCUCCUAAUAGAAUAAAAGUCCUUGGAAACGGAGGUUUUUUUUUUAAUUAAAAAGAAAACACACAUUUGUUACAUAUCAACAAAACAUGGACCUUCGUAUUAAUGAAGUAUUUAUGGAUUUAUUUUGUCGUUGUUGCUGAACAUUUCUGAAAAUCUUAACUGUUAAGGAUUCUUUCAAGCAGCAUUUUUAGCCUUCAGAAUUGCAGAGAAAUAGGCCAAAAGUUGGACAGAAGCAAAAAUAUAUUUGGGAGCCAAGGCAAGGGCUGUAGCUCAUUCACAACUGAAAUUGUGUGCAGUUAGCAGGUUUGGUGUCUGUGGUUUUCAAACCAUAGUUUAGUAUUACAAGCAUAAGCCGCAGCUUGCAUGCUACCCUAUCUUUCAUUGGGACAGCCAUGAGAAGGUUCCGCUUCUGUUUUAGAUUCACCUCAGUUUAGCAGUAUGUCACAGCUCUAAACCAUGGUUAGUCUUAAAUAUGGUAAGUGAAAACCAACCAGCUUUGUAAACUAUGGUGUGAAAUUGGCUUGGUUCGAUUAAUCAUAGGUAAGACUAAUCACAGUUUGUCAGUGUCCGAUCAAAAUAGCAAAUUGCCAUUAGUCUGAAAUGGAAGCAAAUGCUUGCUAAUUCCUCGUAGCCAUGCCAAGACGGAGGGUAGCACACAAACCAGAGGCUCACUGCAGCUCAUCUUUAUAAAGAUGUUAUGUUGCAUACAAACACAGCCACGCUGUCUGUCUCUCUUCACAUUAAGAAACAUGGUUUCUGGACAUAUUAUACAGUUUUUAAGGCAGCCUUCUUGGUUUUAAAUUGAGCAUUCAGGGGUAGUCAAUAUGGCACCCUCCCAAUGGUGUUGGACUACAACUCCCAUCUGCCCUAGCCGACAUAACCAGAUGAUGAACUAUAGUCCAAGGCAUUGGAAAUAGACUGAAAAGCAUCUUAUUAGUUGUUUUCACCAGAGCAACAAAACUUGUCUCCUAAUAUAUUUUUUUAAAAAAAUUAGAAUGUAUGUUUACUGUUAGUGACCAUUAGACAACAGCAACAUUGUUGCUACACCUAAUUUUAUAUCAGACCUUAAUGUCAACCACAGUGUCCUUGGCUUGUAUAGUUACUUGGGGAUUUUUUAUACUUUUUUGCUGCUUAUUUGGGAGGGAAGGAGCAAAAAUGUUAGUUAUAGUUCCCUAAUAUAUAGGUUUUCAUGGACAGAUAAAGUUCUGCUUAAAUACUGCACUGUCUUAAAUGCAAUCCAUAUUUUGAGGACACUUAUCGGAGAUUGGUGCACCCUGAUGGAAAGUAACACAAAACGUCAGAUCCCAAGUCAGCUCUAGUGACAUGCAACAGAGUACAAAUAAUGUGGCCCGGCCGUACUUGCCUUAUACCAAAAGUUGGCCCAUCUAAAUCCAUCUGUUGUCUGCAGCAGAAGUAAGCCAAUGCAAUGUCCUCCCGCUGCUUUUGGACUACAACUACAGUAAUUCCUGAUAAUUGACUAUGGUCGCUAAGGCUGAUGGGAGUUGUAGUCCAGUGACAUCGGCAGAGCAGUAUGUUGGCUUACCCCUAGUCUACACUGAAUGGCAGUUGCUCUCCAGGGUUCCAGGUGAGGGACGUUCUUAUCCCUAGCUGAAGUUGUUGGGGAUUGAAUCCAGGAUCUUCUGCAUGCCAAUUAGAAGUUACUGUAUAUCAGGAUGGAGAACUGGAUCUGACCAGUGGGGCAGAUUGUUACCUCCCCCCCCCGUGGGCCAGGUUGACAGUGGGCGCAGCAGCCCACCUGACCUUGCAAGGACAACAGAUGUCCUAUUUUGCCUGCAGGGUUCUUUCAUUUGCUGUUUUGUGCUUCUGCAGAGCCGACAAUCAACUGAUGGGGAACCGCCUUGCAUGUAGAACGUCCCAAAUUCAAUCUCCAACAUCUCCAGGUAGGACUGGGAGAGAAGCCUGUCUGAAACCCUGGAGAGCUGCUGCCAGUCAGUGUAGACAAUACUGAGCUAGAUGGGCCAGUAGAUCAGACUUGGUAUAGGCAGCUUCCUGUGUUCCUAAGACCCCUUCAGAGCUCUAUCUUGCUCAGUGCUUUGCCCACAAAUCACCUUUUGGUUGAGUCAGGCUUUUACCUGGUCUACACCCAACAUAUACGAUGCAGGGCAGGUGGGCGUGGGCUGGCCGAACUGGACUUGCAGGCCAAGUGGAGAGGAUUGGCGGGCUUAUUUAGACCCCGAGUUACCCUGUACUGCAGGAUCUCUUGUGGGCUCUCCAACACUGGAGGCAUUCAAGAGGCAGCUGGACAAGGUACUUGUCGAGUGUGCUUUAAUUUGGAUUCCUGUGUUGAGCAGGGGGUUGGACUUGAUGGCCUUAUAGGCCCCUUCCAGCUCUAUGAUUCUAAGUUUGUGUGUGUGGGGUAACUUACAACUGUGCCUCUGUAGCUCAGUAGUGAAGCACAGGCUUUGCACGCAGAAGAUCUUAAAUUUCAGGUCAUUUCUUGGCAGAGCAAAGGCCACUUACUGAGAGACUGGGGAAGUGCUGCCUGCCGCAAUAAACAGCAUCAGGCUGUAUUGAGCUAUGGUUUGACCUGGUAUAAGACGGCUUCAUGUUUUCCAUCUGUGCCACGGGCCUAAAAAAUGUCUGGAUUGUGAUGUGUAUGUGUGUUUAUUAUCUCUGCACUUUGCCUCUAUUAGGGGAUAAACGUUAUUCAACUGAGUAUAUAAUAAUCAAGAUAUGACUAAUUUGGGGGGGGGGAGAAAAAUAUAACUUUGAAAACAAGUAGCUGACCAUGUGAUUUUUAUUUAAACGCCAUCCAGACUGCUGUGAAUUGAACAGGCUCUCUCCAGGCCCUAGGUGAAUGUUUCCAAGUGGUAAAGAUAGAAAUGGAGGGGGAAGAUUAAUGAGAAACAGCUCAGUCUGCCUUUUUUCCUCUCUUAAUUCUUUUCCAAAUGACUACAUUUUCCCAAGUUGUCUGCCAUUCUCUACAGCAGCCUGUGUCAGCUGAAACAAUAUAUGUCUCCCCGCCCCCAUGGACAAAUGGUGUAGAAACUGGCCAGCAAAAGCCUCAACUGAAACAGAUGUUUCUGGUUUGAAA